AUGGAGGGUUUUAUAGGAAAGCACUGGAAAUUCCCUACAGGCCUUGAUCAGAAUGUAAAUAAUCUGAAGAGAAAAAGGGAGGAACUAAAUGGUCAGAAAGAAGACAUAGCAUCAAGAAUUAAAGCCGAGCUGCAUCCAAGAAAGAAAGUCAAGAAAGAGGUUGAGCUAUGGUUGGAAAAUGUUGAAAGGGUAAAUGGUGAAAUAAAGAACCUAGAAUCAGACGCACUUGGACCUACCAGCUUUUACUCACGUGCUUUCCUUAGAAAAAAUGUUUGUAAGAAGAUGGAAGAAGUUGAAGAACUUAUUGAAAAGGGUAGAUUUUCUGAUGGUUAG